AUGUAUGGAGCAGAGACACAUGGAGGGUCCAUGUAUGGAGCAGAGACACAUGGAGGGUCCAUGUAUGGAGCAGAGACACAUGGAGGGUCCAUGUAUGGAGCAGAGACACAUGGAGGGUCCAUGUAUGGAGCAGAGACACAUGGAGGGUCCAUGUAUGGAGCAGAGACACAUGGAGGGUCCAUGUAUGGAGCAGAGACACAUGGAGGGUCCAUGUAUGGAGCAGAGACACAUGGAGGGUCCAUGUAUGGAGCAGAGACACAUGGAGGGUCCAUGUAUGGAGCAGAGACACAUGGAGGGUCCAUGUAUGGAGCAGAGACACAUGGAGGGUCCAUGUAUGGAGCAGAGACACAUGGAGGGUCCAUGUAUGGAGCAGAGACACAUGGAGGGUCCAUGUAUGGAGCAGAGACACAUGGAGGGUCCAUGUAUGGAGCAGAGACACAUGGAGGGUCCAUGUAUGGAGCAGAGACACAUGGAGGGUCCAUGUAUGGAGCAGAGACACAUGGAGGGUCCAUGUAUGGAGCAGAGACACAUGGAGCAGCUGGGAUGGGAGAUGGGCGGCAAGGGGACAUGGGCGGCAAGGGGAGAUGGUCGGCAUGGGGAGAUGGGCGGCAAGGGGAGAUGGGCGGCAAGGGGAGAUGGGCGGCAAGGGGAGAUAACCAACAGGGGAGAUGGAGGGCACUGGCAUCAUGCACCGCUCAUUCCCACUGCGCCUCUCAUUCUCCCAUUGCACCGCUCAUUCUCACGAUGCACCGCUCAUUCCCACUGCACCCCUCCUUCUCCCACUGCAACGCUCAUUCUCCCACUGCACCGCUCAUUCCCACUGCACCCCUCAUUCUCCCACUGCACCCCUCAUUCUCCCACUGCACCCCUCAUUCUCCCACUGCACUGCUCAUUCUCCCACUGCACCCCUCAUUCUCCCACUGCACCGCUCAUUCCCACUGCACCCCUCAUUCUCCCACUGCACCGCUCAUUCCCACUGCACCCCUCAUUCUCCCACUGCACCCCUCAUUCUCCCACUGCACCCCUCAUUCUCCCACUGCACCCCUCAUUCUCCCACUGCACCGCUCAUUCUCCCACUGCACCCCUCAUUCUCCCACUGCACCGCUCAUUCUCCCACCGCACCUCUCAUUCUCCCACUGCACCGCUCAUUCUCCCACUGCACCUGUAAUUAUCUACGCCUUUGAAGCCCAAGUGGGUGCCGGAAAACAGGUGCAAUCCCCGCAGGAUGAACCCAAGCACCGUGUAACCGCAGACGGUUACCACCUGGAGUGGGACGGGUUAACAAAACAAUACGGAAGGCAUUGGCACACAAAUAGGGCCACAAGCAUGCAGACAGGUGCAAUCCCCGCAGGAUGA